AUGUGGAAAUCCGAUUGGUCGUUGUGUAUCAAUGAGUCUAAAAGUGACAACGAUAAUAAUUGGUCUAAUUUGAACAGUGACAAUAAAUUGAAAUUCACACAAAUCGAUAAUAAACUCGAGAAAGAUUCUAAAAUAUCCAAAUUAUUCAAUAAUAACGUUCGAUCGUUCGGCGAUCAUGUCGAUACUUAUGAUUGGGUGAAGUGCAAAUCUAAAAGCAUACCAGGUAGAACAUAUUAUUUUAAUUUAAGAAGUGGUUGUAGUACCUGGUACAGACCAAUAUCACGUUACAUCGAUAUCCCAUAUUAUUCAAAAAAGGUGAGUUUAAAAAAAAUACAAUGUUAUCUCUCGAGUCCAUCGUUACUGGUAUCGGAUAGAUACGACGAGGUAUCAUCUUUGUCGAUUAAAUUGAAGAAAGAAAAUCAUCAUAAAAAAUGGAUACUCGAGGAACCAUGCAGUACACCUAUGAACAAUAAGAAUUCAAAUUUCGCAAGAUUUUCAUCAAGAGAAUGUAUUAACGAUAACGAAAGAAAAACAUUUUCAAAUAAUUCUCAAUCAAACGAUACCUAUUAUUACAAUGACGACAAUCGUAUGCCCAUUAAAAAUGAAAUGAAUUACAAUGACUCUGAUUUAAAUAAUGACUCCAUUAUCAUCAACAACGAUUCUACUUUCAUCGACGUGACAAAUUAUUUACAAUGUGAAUUACCAUCGGAAGAUAACGAUAUCGAAGUUACGUCCGUUGAAUUAAAUUCGACGAAUAUGAAAUUGAAAAUUAAAAAUGACGACAUUGAUAUUAAUCCUGAUCGUGCUAAAGAAUUGUCCGAGAAUGAUGUUAAUGAAAAAAAUGAAUACGUCGACGUACGAGAAACGCGGCGUCGUUUGGCGUCGCAUUUAAGAAAUAAUAUUAAUCAUCGAAAGAAUAUUUCGUCGUCCAAAAGGAUAAAAUUGAAACGUGAUCAAAGAAAAAUGACGAAAAAAAUUGUUCUUCAUACCAACGAUUCGACGGAUAAUAAUAAAAUGUUAAUGAGAAAACCGGAAAGAAUUAUUUGCAAUAUGUACGGUGUGACCACGGUGAAUUACGACGAAGUUAGUGAACUUCCGCCAAAUGUGAAAAGAUCUAAUCUGAGUGACUCAACUAGUAUAGUAUCCUCCUCCACCUCCUCCUCAUUCUCAACUACGGAAGAAAAUCGGUCUCGGUCGUCGAUCCUCAAGUGUUUCCUCGGCCAUGACGAUUUAUACGACAACAUUCUACCGCCAAAACUGAGCGAUUCAAAUUCUAGCACGUCUUCGUCCUCAUGGACGUGCGAUACAUGCAGCUCUUGCAGUUGUACUCAAUCCGAUUCUACCAAAGUAUAAAUUGAUUCUUUUAUAUACUUUUACACUACAUGUACUUAAUUUAUAUAGACACCCAAUUGGUUUAUUACGAACGAGGAUUUUUCGAUUAUUUUCGUUUGCCUUUAAACAAAC